GGCUCCUCCUCCUCGGCAGGGCCAAUGACAGGCGGCAGGCGGUGACUGCCGCUGGGCCUGCAGAGACCGUCCGCCUGGCUCGCCCGAGCUCGCCCGCUGUCCGCUAGCCGGCGGGAGGGAGGAGAGAAGCGGGGCGCUUCCGCGGUUGGCUACUCAGUGUCUUGGUCUCACGUUGCCUCAUUGCGGCUGGCGUUCCCAAUAGAGACGCAUCGUUUCUUUUUUAAUACUUCCUAAGAAACAGAAUAACCUUCAAGCUGGCGGGAGCAAUGGUUCACAUAAAGAAAGGCGAGCUGACCCAGGAGGAGAAGGAGCUACUGGAAGUAAUCGGGAAAGGUACUGUCCAAGAAGCUGGAACAUUAUUAUCCAGCAAGAAUGUUCGUGUCAACUGUUUGGAUGAGAAUGGAAUGACUCCUCUAAUGCAUGCAGCAUAUAAAGGAAAACUCGAUAUGUGCAAAUUACUACUGCGACAUGGAGCCGAUGUAAAUUGUCAUCAGCAUGAACAUGGAUACACAGCCCUCAUGUUUGCUGCACUUUCUGGUAAUAAAGACAUCACAUGGGUAAUGUUAGAAGCUGGUGCUGAGACAGAUGUUGUCAACUCUGUGGGAAGAACAGCAGCUCAGAUGGCAGCCUUUGUGGGUCAACAUGAUUGUGUGACCAUAAUCAACAAUUUCUUUCCUCGAGAGAGACUGGAUUAUUACACUAAGCCCCAGGGACUGGAUAAAGAGCCAAAACUGCCCCCAAAGUUGGCAGGCCCACUGCACAAAAUUAUCACCACAACGAAUCUUCAUCCUGUCAAGAUCGUGAUGCUUGUAAAUGAGAAUCCUCUGCUGACAGAAGAAGCAGCCCUGAAUAAAUGCUACAGAGUGAUGGAUUUGAUUUGUGAGAAAUGUAUGAAGCAAAGAGACAUGAAUGAAGUAUUGGCUAUGAAAAUGCAUUACAUAAGCUGUAUCUUUCAGAAAUGCAUUAACUUCUUAAAAGAUGGAGAGAAUAAACUGGACACCUUGAUCAAAAGCUUGUUAAAAGGCCGAGCUUCUGAUGGCUUUCCAGUGUAUCAAGAAAAGAUCAUUAGAGAAAGUAUCAGAAAAUUUCCUUACUGUGAAGCUACACUCCUCCAGCAGCUGGUUCGAAGCAUUGCUCCUGUUGAAAUUGGUUCUGAUCCCACUGCAUUCUCCGUCCUUACCCAAGCCAUCACUGGCCAGGUGGGUUUUGUGGAUGUGGAAUUUUGCACUACCUGUGGAGAAAAGGGAGCAAGUAAAAGAUGUUCAGUUUGCAAAAUGGUAAUAUAUUGUGAUCAAACCUGCCAGAAAACACACUGGUUUACCCAUAAGAAAAUCUGUAAGAAUCUGAAGGACAUUUACGAAAAGCAACAACUGGAGGCUGCCAAAGAAAAGAGACAAGAGGAAAACCACGGCAAACUUGAUGUCAAUUCUAACUGUGUUAAUGAAGAGCAACCAGAGGCUGAAGUGGGUAUCUCUCAAAAGGAUUCCAAUCCUGAAGAUUCCGGGGAAGGAAAGAAAGAAUCUCUUGAAAGUGAAGCUGAGUUGGAAGGCUUACAGGAUGCGCCUGCAGGGCCACAGGUGUCUGAGGAGUAAAAGCCAGAGCAAGUGCCAGUGUGGAUGGUCCUCACCCUGCAAGAAGCUGGAAAACUCAUGGGAAUGCAUUGUCCUCGCCUCGUUAUACCUGCAUGGUACCAUGGCAGGAGUCCACAUUUCAUAGAAUAGAGGUUUUCAAGCAAACCCCUGUUGACCAUGCCCUAAUUUCCUAUUGAUUUCUGUUCUAUAAUUGAAUGGAUAUUCCUAUGGAAAAUUUUUUGUUUCAAAAUACAGGAAAAACAUUCCUAUUCCCUUUCUGAGGCUGGCUUUCCAGCAAUUGUUUCAAAGGAAAAUAGAUCCCCUUAAAGAAAAAAUACAGGCUUUAGGGAACAAAGGGACAAGCAGAACAGGUGUGGAAGAGAGAUUUUCAGGAAGGAAAAAAUUUAUAGCUACAGAGAUGGGUAGUUAGAAAAAUCAUAACUUAUGUGAAUAAAAUACAUAUAAACAGCAUUUACUGUAGUGGCAUUCUACUUAUUAAGAUGCAAUGAAAUGAAAAGCUUUAUGUUCAAGGACCUUUGCCAUAGUUCAGCUAAUUGUAGUUUUAUAUAGAAAUUAUCCUGAACACUCUGAACUUGACGUAGUCCUGCGGUGAUAUUCUAUCUGCAGUAUUUGUACCUCCAGAAUGGCGGUACAAAUUCACAGAAAAGCUGUAUUCAAAUACAGGCUUUGUCAAAUCCCAAGCAACAAUCUUGAUUUAGAGAUGGCUUUGGAGCCGGAGGCCUGAGUUCAAAUGCUGGUUCUGCUGUCUCACUAGCCAGGAAACUGCAGCAAGUUACCAAACCUCUCUCUUCUCGGUUUUCUCAUUUGUAAAAUAAUGUUAGCGAUGACGGUAGAGAUCCCUCAGCAGGAACAAAGGCAUAUUGACGGUUCUCUCAGCAUGUGCAUUAAAAAAGGUACUUCCUGAAACUUUUGAUUCAAUAAUGACUAAACAUACUAUGUACACAAUUAUUGUAAGGCUAAUUCACGUGCCACACUCCACCUGAAAGCCUGAGUUAUCUUGCUAUAAGCUUUUCAUGGAGCACUUCCUUUCCAGAAACUGAUUUGUAACUCAUUUAGAGAAUGUCCUGGCGUCGGUUUUUAGCAUAUGUGGUAUUUAAACAGAGCUAGAAUGUGAUGUCUGAAGAUAAUGCUGCAUUUCUAAGUUUCUUGUGUGGAUUUUAAAAUAAAUCGUGCCUACAAAUAUAAA